UCUAGCACUUUGCAAUGAUUUGAUGUAAUACGACGUAAGCCUAAAUUAGCGUUUGCUCCUAUUUUGAUAGCUGCUUACUAUCGUAUUGACCUUAUCUUGUCAUGUAAAUUGUAAUGGGGGACAACAUUUCAUCGACACCUCAGAGAACGUGGAAAGGGUUGGUGAAGCUCCCGAGACUCUACAAAGUAGCAACUGGUAUUCUGACGUCCCUUAGCGAGCAAAAGGGCUCACUUUACAAUCACCUGUCUGCCGCCAAGCACAGAAGGACAGAAUGCCUGGCUGCUAUCCUCACAGGAAUUGUGAGGCAGAGAUCCACGCUAGAAGCCGUUCUGAAAGAAAGCCGGCUGCUCGAAGUCAACCCAGGCUUCAAUCAUGAGUUGGCACUGGUCCUUCUCUAUGAGCUGCUCUUUAGCAACAAGAAGACACUUCCUGCCGGUAACAGCAGGAUAAAUCAGGUGCUAGCCUCCAGGGAAGCUAUUGAGAAAGCUCUCAGGAAAGUGGAGAAGGCACAGGGGAAGGAAGCGGCAGUGGAUGAUCAAGCAGUGGUGCAUCCCCCACGCUACGCCAGAGUCAACACAGUCCUAACCAACACCAAGGAUGUGAUUGAGCAGCUAGAGUCUUUGGGGUUCCAUCGCAAGAGCUACAAGAAAUCUCGCGGCUUCCAGGAGUUUGUGGAGCGUGUGGCCUGCCUGGAGCCCCACGAAUUUAUGAAGGACCUCCAUAGGAAGGACUGGCUGGUGUUCAGCAAAGAUGCUAAGCUGAGUCACAGUCAGCUUGUUGCAGACCUCCACCUGCUUUUGCAAGAUAAGGCCUCCGGCAUGGCUGUGGUUGCCCUUGCCCCAACACCAGGCUCUGUUGUUAUCGAUGCUUGCGCAGCACCAGGAAUGAAGACAACAUAUAUUGCCGCUCUGAUGGAGAACACCGGCAAAAUCCUCGCCAUGGACCACGACCAAGAGCGCACCCUGUCGCUGCGCGACCUCGUGCAGCGCGCGGGCGUCUCGAGCAUCUGCAAGGUGCGCACGGCCGACUUCCUCACUGUGGACCCCGAGCAGAGCCCGUACUGCGACGCCGAGUUCAUCCUUGUGGACCCUUCCUGCACGGGCAGCGGCAUGACCAACCGUCUCGAACCCAACCCCAGGGACGCUGCGCAGAACUUGGACCGGCUGCGCAAGUUGAGGGCCAUCCAGGCCAUGCUUCUGAAGCAUGCCACCAAGUUCCCCAAGGUCCGCCGCAUUGCAUACUCGACCUGCUCCGUACACGCCGAGGAGAACGAAGAAGUCGUCGGGGAGGCAUUGCGGUUCACGCGGGGAAGGUUCCAACUCGAGAAGGUCUUGCCAGAGUUCGAGAACCGCGGCUUGGACCGGUACGAAUUCGGGGAGUGUUGCGUUCGGAUGUCGCCGGAGACGACAUUUACGAGGGGUUUCUUCUUAGCAGUGUUUGUGAGGGUGCAGGAGGAGGUGGAGGAGGCUGGGAGGAGGAAGAGGACAAGGAAGAGAAGAGCAGACUGAAGUUGCUGGUACCGUUGUGGUUGCGAUGAAAACUCGAGACGUUUGGCAGAAUUGGUAUGGGGUGGCGUCGAGGCACUGCUGCCAUGAAACAUCUUUUCGUUUCCUGUUCGGACUUCCUCCGACAUUGUUUCUCGGUUACAUUUCAUUUGGAUCACAAUAAAAGUUCACCUGUGGCACUUUUUGCAUUCAAAA